AUGAACUUUAAUCCUAAUAUAUUCCAGGGCAAGGAUGGAGCAUCUACUUAUGAUGUUUGGGAACUUAAGGUCAAAUCUAUCAUAAAUGGCAUUAAAAGGCAUGCUGAGUGGGAUGGAGACCAUGCCCAACACCGCACUCUUGAACUUAAAAAUCUACAAAAGACAACGAAGAACAUUGAUUUAGAUAUAUAUCCGGUACAAUUUACUUUCCAAAGUAGUAAUAUUGCUCGACUUGAAGGACAGCCAUUGAUCAUUGGUGAAACUGGUUUUAUCCAGAUAUUUUCGUCUGUACCAAAAAAGUCCUUCUGGGAUCAAGGUAUAACGCAUGUAGCCAGCUUAGGCGAUAUGGGAGAAGUUGGAAUUAAGGAGAUAGGACCGAAACCGCAUAAGCCGCUUUCAGCAGUUUGUACUGACUUGAUAUUUCCAAGCGCUGCCAAAAUUAGUCAUCGAUACGACUUUGCAGAUCGUAUAUUGUUUUCCUUUGAAGUCAAAGUCAGGAUUUUAUACGUGGAAAUUGAAUCGCAAUCUUCCCAUGCUUCCGUUGCAUAUUCCCUGGCGUAUCUAAAUGAAGUUAAUGAAACAUUUAUGCAGGUUCUUAAUGUCGAACGAACACAACGUUCUAAGACUCAAACUUUGACUUUAAAAUCACCUUUGUACACCAAAGCUAUAAAAAUUUACGAUAACGAAAGGAAUGACGAAACCAGUAAUAUAACAAACCAAAUCCAAAUGAUAGUUGUCGGUGGUUGUCCAAGUGCAAUAUUAGAUAAUGGAAAACCAGAUACUAUAAAAGAAGAAUGGACUAUAGAACUUAGCGAAAACAUCAUCAAGACAAAUCCAUAUCUGCAUGUUAUACCUAGGUCAAAAACAACCAUAGAUCCAGUUAAAGUAUUCAAUGAAAUUGAAACGCACUUUGCUCACACUUUCUCCUUGACAUUUCCUUUAUCACAAUUGCAGUUUGAUUGUGUUUUUACCAAGGAUUCGUUGCAAAAUUAUUUACAGGGCACUACAGCUGAACUCAAAUUUGAAAUUAUCAAAAUUGUCAAAAGCUAUAUUGAGCAAGAUCAAGAACUGAAUAUUACAAUUGAUAUCAAAGCAACGAACAAGGAUGAAUAUGAUCGUGGAUUGACUCUAUUGAAUAAAACUAUCAAGUCAGCAAUAGAGAGUCAAACGUGUUCUGCUCAAACAGGUAACCUUCCAUUGCAGUCCGGAAAAUCAGAAAGUACAAACGAAUCGUCGUCUUCAUCUGUGUCAAUCGAAGGCAUAAUUAUCAUUGUGUGUGUUAUCGGUGUACUCCAACUACUAACAUUGGUAUUUUUAGUUGUGAAAACAUUUAGGGAAUCAGCCCAAAAUAAAGCACAACGGCAACCGCCAUUCCAACCACCAACCACCAGUAAUCCAGGAUAUCAGGGGACAACAAAUGACACUUUUGAUGAAUAAGCUGAUGAAAUCGUUAAACAAUUAAUUUUUUGAAGUAUUAUUUCUUCCAUGUUGUUUGAUUGUCCUUUUUUAUGUUUUGUUCAGUCUAUUUGAAAAUUUCUAUAAUUAAUUGCUAGACAGAAUUUGUGAAACUUUAAAAAAAAACUUACUUACCAUAUAUUCAAUUAAAUCUUUAACAUUCUGUAUUUUAUCACGUAAAAGUAAACCAAAACAUCUUAUGAUGUCUUAUUCGCUAAUCAAAACCGUAUACAAGAGAUUUUACCUAUCAUAAUAACAGUGUGACCUUCUAUUUAUAUUUUAAACGGAAUUCUUAUAUGGGCAUCUUUUACAUUUCCUGGGUGGACCUGAGAAGGGUAUGGGGUAUUCUGUAACAAAAUAAUGCGUAGUUAAUACAAUUAAUCCUCCACAAAAUACAGUAUAUCUUUUAUGUAAAAAUGAUUUUCAAUUAUCGAUAAACGUUUCUUUUUUUUUUUAAACCAGUUACACUUCUGAGAAUAAAAAGAAUACAUUUGAUAUUACAACAUAAAACAUAAAUAUAUCGAAAUCGCACCGUUUUUUUUAAUUUUCGAUGGGAAGAUGAAUCAUACCACGUUACCUGUAAAGGUAUAUCACACAACAGAUCAUUUGUCGUCUACACAUUUUGGAAAUAUUCCCGUCCUAUCUUCAUUAUUUAUAAUCGAAAAUCAUCUGGUGUUGUCAUGGUGUUCUUUUUCUUUCUUGAUUUUAAGAUCUGUCAUAAAAUGUAUAUGUUUAUGCGUUCUACAAUUUAAUUUAUUAUUUACUGGAACUUAUAUUGAUCGGCUAGAAUAUGUUACCCUGGAACAUAUUUCAAAAUAUUAAAUGUAGGCUUAAGUUUUUACCUAUGUACAAAUCUCAUAACUAAAUAAAUUAACGAAGAUACAACUCAAGUAAACAAAAAUUAUAGAGGGAAUCACUUAAAUGCGUAAAGAAAUGCAUUGUAGAUCUUAUAUCAAUAUACUAGGUCGCUUUUGAGUUGAGGCACAUACACACCAUAUCGGUCAAAUAAUUUGUGGUGAUGACCUCAAACAUUAUAUAUAGUCGAUCAAAACAUAUAAUAAAUUGUGUUACUAAUAAUAACUGCUGUUUGAUUUUUUUGUUUUGAUUUAUAGUUACAGAAUAUUGAUAUAACACAAAUGGAAAGAACAAUUUUUUAAAACAUGCGCGUCUUUAUGUUAAGAAAGUAUUAUUUACCUUUUUUAUACUCGCUUAAUUUUUCACCUUUUUAAUUAUUUGAUAAUCAAUUGGACAUAUAAGACGGAAUUGCCAAGUAUUCUCUUUUGUUUAAUUCAAAUCAGUG